UUUUAUCAUUGAUACUUAUAUAAAGACUAUUCCACGAUAUGAUACUUACUUUCUCAACCAUGUCAAAAUCAGAGUUAGAAAUUGAAAUCGCAUCAGAAUGCUUGAAUGAUAAAAAAUUAUUUUCUAAUAUUCAUAGUUAUAAUUUGCUCACAUUUCAAGAAGUGCAAACUCUAGUCAAACGUAUCUCAAAUGAUAAAGCAGUUAUACAAAAGUACUCUCUGAGAUCAUAUUCUGAUGGAAAGCUUGGAUUUCUCGGAUCCCAUCAAAGGCUCAACAUGGAAAUUAAAACCACAAAUGGAAAAGAUAUACUAACUUUUUUUGUUAAAACUGUACCAUACGAUUUACCAAUUCAAGCUGAAUAUGUACUCGAUAAAUGUGUCUUUUUGAAAGAAAAAAUUUUUUACCGUGACAUAAUUCCACAGUUAUAUCAUAAUUAUAAAGGUGAACCAUGGACGGCAACUUGUUUCUUAGUAAAAAAAAAUUUGUUAUUAUUCGAAGAUUUAAGUAUCAAGGGUUACUCAUUGAGAAAUAAAUUGUUCAACAAGGAACUCAUUGUGUCUAGUUUAACAACCAUUGCUAAAUUACAUGCAUGCUCUUUGUUGGCAGAAGCAUGUCUUGGAAAAUCUCUGAAGGAAUUAUACCCGCAAGCUUUCAUAGAAAAUGCUUUCUCCGAGACUGGAAAGACUAGCGAAUGGUUUGAUGUAAGUGUGAAUGCUAUAGUUGCCAUCGCUAAACAUCUUAAUCUGGAUACUAGUUUAAUACCAAAAACUUGUAAAGAAGUAUAUGCAGCUUUGAAAAUGUCAUCUAUAAAAAAGAAUGUAAUUAGUCAUGGAGAUUUAUGGGGAAAUAAUCUGAUGUUUAAUAAUAGUGUACCUCCAAAGUGUCUGUUGAUUGAUUUUCAAUUGAUCAGAUAUUGUCCUUUGGCGCAUGAUGUAGCACAACUCCUAUAUCUUUGUACUGACCGUGAUUUUCGAGUAACUUGGGAAAAAACUAUGUUAAAGCAUUACUAUAGUGUGUUAUGUGAAACUCUGAACUCAACAAAAACAAUUUCUGUGGAAAUUCCAGCUUGGUCAGAAUUAAUUGAAGGAAUAGAAGAACAGAGAUUAGCCGCUAUAAUUACUGCAGCUAUAUAUUUUCAAACUGUAUUAUUAGAUGAGAAAUUAGGAGCAGAAAUUUUGGGUGAUCCUAAUAGUUAUCAUGAAUUUGAAUUUAAAAAUAGAAAUGAAACAGUACUUAAACUUAUGGAAAUUGAUCCAAUAUAUAAUAAACGUUUAACAGAAACUGUUACUGAGUUAGUUGAGUUUAGUUUUCGGUUAAAUGAAUUACCGAAACCAACAUAAUUUUUAUUAGUUAAUUAAUAGAGCAUAUUUUUUUU